AUGAUUAGAAACACAAAUGCCAUAGUUUGGAAUCUGGAGCACCAUAUGGCUCAAAUGUCUAAAUUGAUUGAGGAGAAGCUUUCAGGGUCACUUCCUAAUACCACUAAGAUCAACCCAAAGGAAUCCCUUAAGGGUGUGUCCUUGAAUAGUAGGAAGCAACUUCGAAAUUAUGUUAACAAAGAAGCUGAAAAAGAUGUUGAGCAAUCUAACAUUGUUGACCUUGAAGCUCCACUUGAUGAAAAAGAAAAGACAAUCGAUCAAGGUAAGGAGAAGAGUGCACCACUCGUGUAUCAACCUAAGCUCACUUAUCCUACGAAGAUGCCGAGAUAUGCUAAAUUUUUGAAAGAAUUGCUCACAAAUAAGAGAAAGCUAGAAGAUAUGUCAUCAGUAACACUUAGUGAGGAGUGUUCAGCAUUGAUCACUAACUCCCUCCCCAAGAAGGAAAAAGACCCCGGAGGAUUAAUCAUACCUUGCACAAUUAGUGGUUUGAUCGAUGAAAAGCUACUUGAUAAUUUGGGAGCAAGCAUAAAUCUCAUGCCAUACAAAAUAUUCCAAAAGCUUGCCCUUGGAGAGUCGAAGCCCACUCCAAUGACACUACAAUUGGCUGAUAGAUCCAUCAGACAACCACGAAGAAUCAUGGAAUAUGUUUUAGUUAAUGUUGAAGUGCCAUUAAUUCUGGGUAGACCAUUCUUGGCAACAUCCAAGGCCCUUAUUGAUGUCAAGGAUGGUCGAAUGGACAUGUUCAUGAAGGACGAGUUAGCUGAGCUACUUGAGGACAACCCUCUUUAG